AUUCCAGACUCCACAGAGAGGGAAAAAAAGAGUUAAUUCAGCAUUUGGGAACAGUUAGAUAAACGUUCCAGGAGACUUUGUUAUAAUGUCGGCGAGGAAAAAAAAACAAAAACCUGUGAUGAAACUGGUUUAGCUUGUGCCUUUGGUACCUGGGACUUCCACCUCUUAAUAGCACCACUAUCAUGUCACAAUUAUGCAAACAAGCUAUACUUUACAAUAACACAACAUAACAGCAAACAUUUUGGAAUCACAUCUACAUCACGGAAUAAAAUAAAAAAAAAAAAAACGACAUUUGCUUGAGUUAUCGCACACAAGUUGGUAUUAUACCAUGUAUUGCUAUCGUAUAACGUGCAUCAGAACAACACCAUGCCCAGAUCAUGUUGAAUCGCUAAUCUAACACACUAAAAAAAAUUGCUACUUUAUUACGCUGUCCUUGAUUAAAAUGGUGGGACUCAUUGCCAACACGGUUACAUCAUCUUUCCAAACUCACAAAGAUUUUUAAGCCAUGAGCGUUGUAAUAAAUAAGACGAGGAGCUGGCGGAAAUGAAUCUGCGCACACUUUGUUACUUUCCUUCUGCAUCGAAGUGUUACGGUGAUCCGUUUUUAACAAAAUAGGCUCACUCAUUGUCUAAAAAACAUCCAGACUUCCAAUCUUGAGGGGACAUAAUGCCACACGGCUCCCGUGGAGUGGGGGAAGAGGCAGUUUGACAACACUUCUCAGACAAUACAAGAGACUUAAUAGAUUUGUUCUCGAGCUAUUUUAACACUUUAAAUUUGCUAGUAAUACAGGAAAGAUAACAGCUGACAUGGGGGCGGAACCACAGCAUCGAUUUGGUGGGGGGAAAACAAAUAUGAAAUUGGCCACAUUUGGACAUACGAGGUUUCCGCCCGACAGUGACGAAAUGAUGACUGACUAUUAAACGCAUUCAUGUGUUCAGAUCUAACAGCGGAGCCAAGAGAAACACUACGAAACGAAGAGACUAGACUGUUGGGAAUGUUCCGAGUGAAAGCUGUGAGCAGUGACGAGACGAGCGGAGCAGCCGUCAGUGCGGCGUCUCGGAAUUCUGGAAUUCCGACCUGGACGUUUGCGUGCCGUGCGCAUCGUGCAAGCAGUACCCCAAGACGCCGUCGUGCAACACGCAAACUGGUGGAAGAGUCGUCGGACGCGUGGAAGCUGGCGGCCAUCAGCAGCUUCUCGGUGCUGGCCGUGGUGCUGGUGGGCGCCGCCCUCAUCAUCGGGGUCAUGCUGCAUCGGCGCAAGUCGCACAAACUUCCUCUACGAGAGCCGAUUGAAGAAACGGCAGGGCCACUUUAUCAAGCUUAAACCUUUCACCUCGUCUUCCUCUGGAAACAAACCCACGUGACAGACCCAAGCGAGCGGCGACCGCGUGCCCCCCACGAGGCCCGGCCCGGCCCGACCCGGGGAGCCUCCCGUCCGGACCGUCUCCCGUGCACUCUGACUGACUUGAGCCACCGCAGGCUUUCUCCUGACAACAAGGACACGCUUUCUUGUUCGAAACGUAUUUAAAAGUGUAGGAAUAGCGACGACACGCUAGGGUGCUUUUGAAUGCUUCCCCCCCCCCCCCCC